AGUUGCGUUCGGUGACCGGACCUGUGACGUCGCGUCACUGCCAUCACUCAACGUCAGUGUGGCGUCAGUUGUCCAUCAUAGACCGUCGUCACUGGCUGUCAAACUCUGACGGUGCAAAUCAGGGAACUGGCGAGUGUGUUAUUGACGGACAUGUGGUAAGAUUGAACCGUGAGUUUGGGUACGUAACCGGCUUAUUCAAUCGUCGCAAAACUACGCGAACUCUGAAAAGAUCAUGCAUCGGUAGAUUUGCAAUCUAGGGUGUGGUCGAGCGCUCUUGACCUCGGCAGUUUCUUUUUCCUAUUCUUUGCGCUGUGUGAGCCUUCUAAUCAAAUCACUACCAAUCAGUUUUGAACCAAUCAAAAUAAGGGUAAAACAGUCAGCAACCAAUCACAUCGCAGCCGCGAUCCCGGCCGACCAAUCAGCACAGAGCGCUGCGAUGACGCGGCGCAUAGAGACCGAAGAUUCGCUGUUGGACGAUGACGUGUUCGAGCCGGAGCAGUGCGUCGGGUCACCGCCGGGCGGCGCUAGCAGCGCGCAGAGCCGAUCGGAGAGGACUAGCAGCGGCACUAGCAGCGGCGGCCACGACGGCAAGACGCGCCCUACCGGCGUGAGGAUCAGCGUCGGCUCGGAGGUCGAGGAUGUCAUCCACAAGACGAUUCUGGUGGGGGACAGUGGAGUCGGCAAGACCUCACUGCUGGUCCAGUUCGACACCGGCAAGUUCACCCAGGAAGGUUUCGCCGCCACCGUCGGGAUUGGUUUUAUGAACAAGGUGGUGGAGGUGGACGGUGCCAAGGUGAAGCUGCAGGUCUGGGACACGGCUGGACAGGAGAGGUUCCGGUCGGUGACACACGCCUACUACCGGGACGCUCACGCACUUUUGCUUCUUUAUGACGUCACAAACAAGACAAGCUUCGAGAAUACGCGCGCCUGGUUAGCUGAGAUUAGAGAAUACGCCCAAGAUAAUGUCGUCAUAAUGUUGCUGGGUAACAAGUGUGACCGCUCAGAGGACCGAGUCGUUCAGUCCGAUGACGGCGAGCGCCUGGCGCGAGAGUUCAACGUCGUCUUCAUGGAGACGUCGGCCAAAACGGGGAUGAACGUGGAGCUCGCCUUCAGCGCCAUAGCCAGGGACCUGCUUCACCGGCGACUGUAUCCAAACGGCGGCACCUUCAACGUCAAACAGUUUGUCGAGGCUCGCUCGGAGCACUCGCCGGCCUGUGCCUGUGCAACGUAAUACCCGGAGAGCUAGACCCCAGCGUGGACCCCGGACCCCGGAGUGGAUCCACAGGCGCCAGGGUGGAUCCUCGGGCCCCAGAGGAGACCCUGGACUCUGAAUGUGGAUCCGCGGAUCCAGUGUGGAUCCACGGACCUCGGAGUGAACCCUCGAACCCCAGAGUGGGCUCAGGACACGAGUCCGGACCUGUAAUUACAUGAGUCCGACAUAUCCGGGUACGGAUCUGGAGUUGGGUCCUUAGCGGACCACGAAAAUGGAUACGUGGACCCGAGUAGACCUCAGACACGGAUCCAGGCGAGAUUCUGGACCCGAAUCCGGAUCCAGAUACGAAGUUAGACAGGGAUCCGGAUCCAAACACGACUGCGGAAAUGCCCCAGGUCCGGGGACGGCCCAGCGUGAUGCGGUGUGGCUCAAAGAACAAAAGGGGGCCGAGAGCACACCGCUUCGAGACAAUAGACCCACGACAAUACGCCAGCAGGAGCUUCCGCAUAGAGAAGGGGCAGUGAGAGGUGGUGCGUUUGUCUGCUGAUUAUCAACAAGGCGU